AUGUUGAAGCUAUCCUUAACCAGUAUAGCAACAGCAGUCUUCGUUUUGUAUAUUGCACAUUCUAUGCAUUCUAUCUACACUUUAUUCCAUCCUCAGCUUUGUCGUGAAACACAAAAGGAUAAGGAAUGCUUAAUCCCGAUGAUUCAAAGAGAUGGAAAAAGUGGAGAAUGGCCGCCUUUACAGUUUCGUAUUUAUGCUUCUGUGAACUCUCGCGCUAGGCAAAAUUAUGGAAAAAUCAUUCAUCAGAUAGCAUUUCUAGAUAUUGAUGAAGUUAUGGAUAGAGAAGUAAAUGUGGAUCUGCCAGAACACACGCGCAACAAUGGUUCUUUAUAUCUGCAUUGUUUUUUACUUCCUGCCGAACACAAAUAUCCAGAUCCUUAUCAAGCUCCGUGGCAAAUAGUACAAACAGUUAAAAUAACUACAUAUCAAGUUCCGGAAGCAGAGACAUUUCGGUUGAUCAUGGAUGCUGAAAAAAAACGGAAGAUGAAUGUAAAAGCAAGUAGAUCUGUAGAUGAGUUACGUGACAGUGGAAUACCAGUUACACAUUUUCGCAGCAAAUUGCCUUUAACAGUUGUUGCUGAAGCACCAAAAUUUGAUUUGAAAGCUCUUCCAAGUGAAAUAUUUCAACAAAUGCAGCUAUUCGAGAAAGAUGGUCAAAAAUAUUAUUGGCCAAUAUUUCAUAUUGAUGAUUUGAGUUUCCUCACAAAAGAUUUAAUACAGAUAAAACCUGAACAAACAACUGUGACGAUGCAGAUUCAGUACCGGCCAAUAUCCAUAGGCAAAUUGCGUUUGCUCGUUUCUACUCAAGCAUCUCUUAUUCACUUGAAGCAGAUGGGUUUCAGUGAUAAAGAUGUUGACGAAGUUAAAGGAAUAUUUGUGAAUACAAAUUUUUAUUUCUUGACUCUUACCGUAUUCGUUGCUGCGCUACAUAUGUUAUUCGAUAUCCUCGCAUUCAAAAAUGAUAUAUCAUUUUGGCGUAGUCGGAAGAGUAUGGCGGGUCUUUCAACAAGAACUGUAUUAUGGCGAUCGUUCAGUCAGUCGGUUAUCUUCUUAUAUCUUUUGGAUGAGGAAACAAGCCUUUUGGUAACAAUUCCUGCCGGCAUUGGUUGUCUCAUUGAGUAUUGGAAAGUCACAAAAUCUGCAAAAAUUUCUAUUUAUUGGUCAAAAGGUGUACCAUAUUUUCGAUUUGGUACUUCAACUGCGGCAGAAUUGGAAACAGAGUCCUUUGAUUCUGAAGCAAUGAAAUAUCUCUCUAUUUUGCUCACGCCAUUGUGUAUUGCUGGUGCAGCUUACAGCCUGGCUUAUGUUCCUCACAAAUCGUGGUAUAGUUGGGUAAUUCAAUGUUUGGCUAAUGGUGUAUAUGCAUUCGGAUUUCUAUUCAUGUUACCGCAGUUGUUUGUUAAUUACCGAAUGAAAUCAGUAGCUCAUCUUCCAUGGCGAGCCUUCAUGUACAAAGUAAACUUUUGUUGA